UUAACAAACAAAGAGGUAAAAGAAAAAGUUUAAAAGAAAAAAAAAAAAAAGGAAAUAUUAGAGGUAUAGAAAUAAAAUGGCUGGUGUUGCUGAAGGGGAGGUGAUAAAGAACAACAAGAAGGUGUUGUUAAAGAAGUAUGUGAGUGGGUUUCCACAAGAGAGUGAUCUGGAGGUUGUCACCAAUGAAACUAUCCUUCUUAAAGUCCCUCAGGGAUCUAAAGCUGUUCUGGUUAAGAACCUCUACCUCUCUUGUGAUCCUUUUCUUAGAGUCCUUAUGUCCAAGUUUGCUGAAGCUCACUAUAUUGAACCUUUUCAUCCAGGCACUGUUAUUAGAGGUUUUGGAGUGAGUAGAGUGUUGGAAUCUGGUCAUCCUGAUUUCAAAGAAGGGGAGUAUGUAUGGGGGAUAACUGGAUGGGAGGAAUAUAGUCUCAUCACUGACACUGAGAAAAUUUUCAAGAUCCCAUUCACUGAUGUUCCUCUUUCUUACUACACUGGACUUCUUGGGAUGACUGGAUUGACAGCAUAUAUAGGAUUCAAUGAGAUAUGUUCUCCAAAAGAAGGAGAGUAUGUAUUUAUAUCAGCAGCAUCAGGAGCUGUUGGGCAGCUUGUGGGACAAUUGGCCAAGCUUAAGGGUUGCUAUGUUGUUGGGACUGCUGGUUCUGAUGAGAAGGUUGAACUUUUGAAGACCAAGUUUGGUUUUGAUGAUGCUUUUAAUUAUAAAACAGAGAAAAGUUUGAGAGCAGCCGUCAGGAGGUGUUUUCCUAAAGGGAUAGACAUAUACUUUGACAACGUGGGAGGUGCACUGCUUGAUGCUGCUCUUCUGAACAUGAGAGACAAUGGUAGGAUAUCAGCAUGUGGGAUGAUCUCUCAAUAUAAUUUAGAGAAGCUUGAAGGUGUGCAUUUCUUAGUGAAAGUGAUCACAAAAAAACUCACAAUGAAAGGAUUCAACGUCGCUGAUCAUUUCAAUCUCUAUCCAAAAUUUCUGGAGGUGAUCAUGCCACACAUUAAGAAUGGAGAAAUCACAUACUUGGAAGACAAGGUUGAAGGAAUUGAGAAUGUUCCUGCUGCUCUUAUUGGACUUUUUACCGGCAAAAAUGUGGGGAAACAAUUCGUUGUUUUGGCUGAUGAGUAAUUAAUAAUAUAUACUAUAUAUAUAAUGAUCAUCAGACAUGCUUGUUUCUUGUUUUCAUCAAAUAAGAUGAGAUUCAUGUCAAUUUCUUGACUAUUAAUUAAAUAUGAUUAUGAAUUAAGGUUU